CACGACUCUGUGCAGUCGCGCUAAUCAAAUCAAACGCGUCUUCAUCGCAUCUACAGAGUGCAACGAAGUUUAACCUGUAAGUUAGCAUGAACGCUACGAACUUCGGAAACUGCUCUGUAAUCAUAGAUUCCUUUGGCGCGGUACUGUACCCAUCACUGCAAGGCAUUCGUCGACCGCCCCUUUUCCUACCAGCUCACUCAACCUCAAUCAUUGAAGCCUUUCCGAUGCCAUGGAAACCAACGAGCUUAUCGAUCUUGCCCAUGAGAUGCAGGGCCAGCUUUGGGUUAAUAAGGUGAACGAGGCCCAGAGAACAGGCCGUCUCUGCCAGUGGGUGUCAACUUUCCAUCCCAACAGGCUUCCCUGUCAACUUGAUGGUACCUUUCACCAUGGCGCCUUCAAUGCCGGCAUGAAGAUGGUUUUCAGUGACAACACUGCCUGGAUGGUUCGUUUCCCUCGAGUGGGAAGGGUCUGUGACCGAUACGCCGAUGAGAAGGUUGCCAUGGAGGUUGCAGCAUUAAGUCUCAUCCGCAACAGGACUACCAUUCCCGUCCCGAGAGUCCAGGCAUGGGGACGGGCUGCCAGCAACCCACUUGGCCUCGGUCCGUUCGUCAUGAUGGACUUUGUUGACGGUGUGAACCUUAGCGAUGUCUUCCAGGAUCCCAAUGCCGAGCGUCCUAGCAGAGUCAUAAAGGAGAAUAUCAGCGAUAGCGAUAUUGAAAUAAUCUACAGGCAGUUGGCCAAUUUUCUACUUCAGCUAUUCAAGCUCGAUUUUGAUUAUAUUGGCAGCCUUCCGUUGCCACAGGCUGAAUUCCAAACCCCUACACCGCCACGACCGCUAACAUUUAAGGCACAUAGCAUCCUACAAAAUGGGGGAAUAGACACCUUCGGUGACCGAAACAAGGGGUUCGCAACGGCGGCCGAGUAUUUUCAGUAUGUCAUCGAGCAGGAUUGGGAACAGCUCGUUCGUCAGCCGAACUCGGCUGCUGGUUUAUAUGACGCUAGAAAUAAAUAUUUGGCUUUCAAGGUUCUAAAAAGCCUGAUACCUGAGUUGAUCCACGCCAAGUAUGACCGUUGCAAAUUUAAGCUGAUUUGUGACGACCUCGGCUUGGCGAAUCUGAUUGUCCGAAGCAGGGAAGACCUUACUGUUGUCGGAGUCGUGGACCUCGAGUGGUCAUACAUCGGACCUGCCCAGCUGUUUGGCUCGGCACCGUGGUGGCUCCUCCAGGAUAGACCUGUUAACAGCGCGUGGGACUGCGAGGGCGAUGAGCCGCCCGAGAUUGCCGCCAGGUAUUUCAGGUAUCUGAAGAUCUUCAUACAAGUCCUCGAAGAAGAAGAGGCAAAAAUGCCGGAGCAUGAAGGAAGAGAACUCUCCAGUCUUGUCAAGUGGUCGCAAGCCUCCGGGGCCAUGUGGUUGCAUAUGCUCCUCUCAUCUGGCUUCAACGACCAACGCAGCUUCCCUUUUACGCAGCUGCGCCGAUCUUUAGGCGCCUCUGAAUGGACGAGGCGUGAAAAAGAUUUCGAAAACACGGAAGAGCUUGAAGCAUUUGCGAAGCGGAAAGUCGACGAGUUGGACAAGUAUGAAGAAGCCUUGGACAAGAUAAGUGAUAACAAAGCGCUCAUAGAUAGAGGGCAUAUGUCGAAGGAGGAAUUCAUUGCCAACGCUCUAAUAGCUUCAGGCGGUACUCCCUUCUUGUCUGUGACCAACGAUAGGACGAGAAAUAACGAGGGAUUCUUCUCUACGGUGGCUGCUUGGCUGGGAUUCUCUGGUUGCUUUUCCAGCACGCUUCCCUCACUUUCGUCCAGCAUAUGAGUGAGUCAUGUAGACGUUAUCACCAUUGGCUACGAACCCCAAAAUCGUGUUAGGUUCAAGGAGCUCUGCGCUGUUUUUUUUAAGAGCAGUUCUCUAGUUGCCGAUCGGACUAGUCGAGCUACUCCUUUACGUGAAGAAUAUGUCUGUCCACUUCUACCAGACUCUGGGGUAAUGAUAUGCCGUGGUGCCUUAGAGUCGGUGUAGGAGGUAUAUU